CUCUCUCUCCCUCCAGAUCUCAAAGUGACCACACCGCUCAUGACUGCUUUACAAUCCACCUUUCAAACAAUGACCACAUCAGAAAUCAGCUUAUGGCAGACAGAUAUCGAUCUGCCUUCACUCUCAAGUCUAUCAGAGUUGAUACCGCAGGCUCAGUGCAGAAUGCUUGAUAUUGGAGGAUCCUAUUUGAAUGACCUCACACCAUUGAAAAAACUACUACUCCAUCAAGAAUACAAAAAUUUCACUGGUCUAAGCUUGCGUUGCUGUACACUACAAGAUGAUCAUCUCUCCCCGUUGUGUGAAGCACUGGCCGAAGACUCUCCAUUACAGCAACUUGAUCUAGGACAAAACUCACUGAGUGACGAUGGACUCAAGAUGAUAGCAGAGUCACUGAGGAUGAACAGGAACCUAAUCAGUUUGAGUCUCUCUGGAAAUAACAUCACUGACAUUGGAGUAUCAUACAUUACACUGAUAUUGAAAGAGUUUGUACUAAAUCACAAAGAAAUUGUCAAAAGACGCAAACUUUUCUCUGCUACAACCUACUCUGACCAAUGGAUGGGUCUGAGCGAAUCUCUCAGUCGUAGAACAUCAUCAAGGAAAAGUGUUUGUAAAGAAAAACAGCAGACAGUUGACUCAGGCAAAAAGAGUGGAGGGCCUACUAUAGGGGCAUUAGUGAAAACUGCUAGCUUCAUCGCAAAGACAAAGAAAGGGACAGAAAGUAAAAAGAAAACAAGCAAAGGUGGAAGUUCAAUGGACGACAAAACUGCUCCAUCAACUCCAACACAUCAAACACCAUCAGUACCAGUAGCACAAGGGCCCCUGAUCGAUGGUGUGGAGGUUAAUCCAAAGGGAGAUGUGAUCUGUCAAGGAAAUUACUCGAUAAUUAACCUCUCUCUAUCUUAUAACAAAAUUGGCAAAGGUGGAGUAGAUCUUCUAUUAUCGGUGAUACAAUACCAAGCAGAUCACGUCUCUGUACACGGGAUUGGUCUCCAGAGCAUCAAUUUACAGGGUAAUCUAUUUCCUAUCGGUUACAGUGGAUAUACUGAACUGAUGGAGACACUGACUAGCAAAUCCUCACUUCUCUCGUCAAGCAGAUCAACAUCUGAAGACCUAAAACCAUAAUGACACAACUAAACACACACACACAUUCACAUUGUGCAAUAUUGUAACUGUAACAUCAGUUCCAUGUACAUGAAUUAUCUCAUAA